AUGGAGACUACAGCUUCUCAGAGGAGCUCCCAUGUGCAAGGUGGUAUUACUAUGGAAAAUAGAGGUGGAAAUACAACAUCUGGAGUUGAAAUUGGUGAUCCAGUGUUACUUUUUGGAAAGUUAUGGCAAGAACUUGGAUGUGGUGAAAGGAAUUCAAAGUAG